AUUGACGCUCGGCUGAAGGACAGAAAUUGAUCGCAGGUGAAGCUGGACAAACACACUGUCCCGCUGCAUGUCAGCCGUUGUGGGAGCUGUUAUCGAAGAGGAGCAGCAGUGCAGAGGAGGUGCUACAGGAGUAAAGUGCACUGGAUUUUUUUUAGGUAAUCAUCGGAGUAGAGCCAGUGUAUGCCACCUUUUCCACUGUUUCUCCGGAUGGAUACCGGACCCGCCCCUCCUCCUGCCUCCAUGGUGGCGGGCCCUUCCUCGCUGUGGCGCCUGACUGAGAAGAGGAGCAGGAAGGCUGGCUCGGCAAACAUUUUCAGCAACGUGAAUCUGUGGCAGCUCCAGAGACUGUUCAGGGCAGCAGGGGAUCAGGACGCGGAGCAGAGGGCCCAGCUAAUUUGGGGUCACGGAGAUGAAGCUGAACUGGCGCAGGCUUUGAUUGGACUGAGGACGCGAAGUAACAGGAGAGGGCUGAGGGCGAACGGGAGAGAGGUGCUGGGCUCACACUGGCUACGAGCCUUCAAUCACCUCAGGAUCGGGGAGAGCUCGCCAAGCAGCCAUGGGAAGGAUCCCGAGGAGGAGAGUGAUGCUGAGGCAGGAGCACACAGCAGUUCAGAGACACACACACACACCUCAAUAGGGACAACGGGAAGAAGUACAGGGGCUGCAGCGGUACUAACUGAGAGCCAGGGAUCUGCGGGGACUUCUGAGAGACCAGUUAGAACAAGCUCAGGACUGAGGAGAGGAGAGAACAACCCAGAGAGAUACCUCCACAGAAUACUUCACUGACUGAACCAAAACCUCUGAUGCAAAACUGACUUUAAGUCUGAGAGAGUCUCCCAACACUUCAGUCUGCGCAGCCUGCGUCUCUCUCCUGAUUACAGCUCUGAUGUGUUCACAAACUGGAGUGAGGUUGAAUUAACUUCUGGGAAAAGCAACAGUUGCAAAUGAAACUGUCUGGCAGGUUGAAAGAAAAGAACAGCUUCUCAUUUCUAUUUCUUUCUGAUCAGAUGGCUGAAUACUGACACCGUUACUUGUUGCAGACACAUCUGCAGACACAAACCUCUGACUGGUUCUGACUGUAUGUUGUGGUUACCUCUCAACAUCUGCCUUAAGUGUUUUACAUGCAUACUGAGAACUAUAGACAGUCAUGUGAAUUUUAAGUGGUUUUGUGGUUUUAAUGGUGUAAAACAAAAAGCGUGGAAAUGAAUAAGUGACUUUAUAUGAGCUAUCAGGCUGAGAGCACUGAUAUUAUAAAGCACUGGUUCCCAACCUGGAGGUCCCAAAUCCCAUUAGGGGUCACCAACGUUUGAUGGGGGUUCUUGAAGCCAUAUUGAUUGUAAGAAGGGUGGGAAAACUUCUUAAAAAAGAUAAACAGUAGCCCCUAUAUCUCAGCAUUUUAUUCAUUUCUGCGAGGAAAGCUAUAAUGAAAUUAAUGUUUUUGCUUUUAAGUUUGGAUUUUUAUUAAAGAUAUAAACUUUAAAAAAAAACUCACAGGAUAAGGACACGCUGAGACCUGAACACAAGCUAUACUCACAGAGCCCUCACUUUGAUAAACAGCUGCAUCCUGCAUUGGAAAAAUGUGCAGUUAAAACAACAAAAGUGCUAAAAGAACAAUGGCCAAUCGUCAGGGAGAAGAAAACAGAUUUUUUCCAAAAAGAAGCUUAUAAUGUAUGUAUGAUUUUUCAUUAACAAACAGGCAAACAAAAAAUACAGAGAAUUGCAUAAAAAGUUUCUAAAAAUAUAUCAGGAAAACUCAUCAAUGUACAAUAAUUACGGGAAAGAAUUUUCUCAGAAUUCAUCCAAAUCGUUCAUUUUACAUAAAUAUCCUGCAGUUAAUGCGUUCAGUAUUUUGGUUAAUUGUAAAGGUUCUCAGGUGUUCAGUGCUGUUACUGUUAUUCAUGUAAUAUGGUAUAUCCACAAAAUGUGUCACUUAGUCAGGGGUCACCAGUUUACUCAGUGAUAGAAAAGGGGUCCCUUAAGGUAAAUGGCUGGGAGCCCCUUAAAUGUGGCUGAAGUGUGGAUGUACUUAUCAACAGUAACAUCCACUUCCUGUACCGCAAAAAGCCAAAUAUGUAGAUGGUUAUGUGUGUGCUACAUUACACAACACUAUAGAAGCGGCUAAGAGUGCAGUGGGGCAAGAAUAAGUGUCAUGGUAUGUAAAAAUAAAAUUUCCAUAUACUGCACAUUCAGAGAGUAACUUCUUCAGUCACUGGUUUGUUAUCAAAAUUGAAGUGUGGGGUGGUCAGUGUAGCCGAGAUGAAAAUCAAUCAAUCAAUCAAAAAUAAUGAUUCAUGACUAAGAGGCCAAACUGACAAAAGGUCCCUCAAUGUUCAGGGAAACUUGAGAAUGUGAUGUUUUCAUGUGAAAAUGUUGGUCACAGUAUGAAAAACCCCCACUUUGUCCAUGAAAGACUGAAUGGCACCAACCUUGAUGAGGCAUUUUAAUAACACUGUUUGUGUCAUUUUUAGUUUUAUUGCAAUAAAGGAGUCUUUGUA